UUGUUGAGGAGUCGUCCACAUUCAUUGCGGGAAGAGGGACGAGGAGUGGGGGACGUUUUCGAGGUUUUCCUCAGUGGACGCACGCGCUGGAGACACGAGCGAACGCACGAGGCUUUUGGAGUGGACGGCGCGCUGUUACUGUCUCGCGCCCUCGGGAAACGCGCGUGCCAUUACGCACCAGGCUGCCUCUGCGUGGAGUAAAUCUGUUAAAGUAGCCCGCUUAGGGAUAUUAUUCGAGUUAUUACCAUUAAUGUGAACACACGGGGGAAAAAAAAGGAAUAAAAGAAGUGCGUUAAGUAACCACGGAAGCGCCUCGGUCUGACGUGCUCCGUUUGUGGCAGCUUUGGUUCCAAACUACAUCAGCCACGGCCAGGGGAAUCUGGAAAGUUGGAGUUAACGCUGAAGGACGAUUCAAGGGGUUCGCCUCAAUGUUAAACGCUCGUUAACCGCCAAAACAAACAAUAAGGAACAUAUUUUUGCCUUUAAUGGACGAUAUUCUUCGGAUACAACCUGGAUACUCCGACAUGACUCCCCGGAAUAUGCGGUUGUUGACGGACUCUAGGUGCACUAGUCCCUCGGUGCUGGUCUGAGUGGGGCCACUCUCUCCCAGGGGGACCCAGACUAUUGCUAAGACUGUCUCUAGGGAUUUGAACCUGCUUCAGCAUGUCGGUGGCAGUUUUACACUCUUCUGGUUUACCGGUUUACAGCGGAGAAAAGGAGUGAGAGACGGAAAGAGACCGGAGUGAAACAGCGCGGGAACCCGAACCCUUUCUAUCCUCAGGAGUUGUGGGAUUACUGCUCGACGCGAAAUGAGCCUCAUUAAUAUCAUCACUUUGGUGUUUUUGUUAGAUGUGUGUGUCUGUGAUUCGGAGCUGGCGCCCCCUGGAUGGCGGGAACCUCUGGAUUGUGUCCGAGCCUCUGAACUGUGCAACCAGAACAGUCAGUGUAGCUCACGUUACCGGAUCAUGCGCCAAUGCUUGUCUGGCGGGGACAAGGAGCGCAGCACCAUGCUAGCCUCUAAGGAAUGCCAAGGGGCACUGGAGGUCCUGCAGGACUCACCACUGUACGACUGCCGCUGCAAGAGAGGCAUGAAGAAAGAACUGCAGUGCCUCCAGAACUACUGGAGCAUUCACAUGGGUCUGACUGAGGGGGAAGAGUUUUACGAGACAUCUCCCUACGAGCCGAUCCAUUUCUCAGAGGAAUUCCAGCUCGCCUCCAUCAUCUCAGAUUCAUCUUUGAUAAAGGUGAGUCCCUGCUCUGAGGCGGGGAAGCCCUGUAACCCCUGUUUGGAUGCAGCAAAGGCUUGCAAUCUCAACGAUACGUGUAAACGACUACGUUCCAGCUACACCACCAUCUGCUCAAAGGCAACACCCCCUCAGCCUUCUCUGGCCAAUCAUGAGCCCUGCAGCCGGAAAAGGUGUCAAAAGGCCCUGCGUCAGUUUUUCGAGCGGGUGUCAUGGGAGCUCAGUUACCCCCUGCUGUUCUGCUCCUGUCGGGACCAGGCCUGCGCUGAACGGCGUAGGCGCACUAUCGUUCCUGACUGCUCCCAUCAAGAAAAGCACAAACCGACAUGUCUGGAGCUACAGCACAUCUGCCGCUCCGACGCUCUCUGCAGGUCUCGGCUAGCUGAUUUCCACACAAACUGCCAGAUGACACCUCACACUGUCACCGGCUGCCCACAUGACAACUACUACGGCUGUCUGAUGUCCUAUGUUGGCCUCAUCGGCUCAGAUGUAACACCUAACUAUAGCGACAGCAGUCCUUCCAACAUUACCAUCAGCCUGUGGUGUACCUGCAGGGGCACUGGCAAUCAGGAGCGGGUUUGUGAUGCUUUUCACCGGGACUUCACGCACAACACCUGCCUCAAAAAUGCCAUCCAAGCAUUUGGUUAUGGCUCAGAAGGGGGGACUCAUCUUGUGACUGAGCCGUCAUCCACCUUCUUACCCCCUGCCCAGCCUCCAAUCAUCUCCAAGCCUGCUCCCUCUCUACACGGCAAUGCAAUCAAACCCAUGGACAGUGCUUGUAUGUUUUCCACUUGUGCCAACCUGCAGGAUGGAGGCCAGAAGUGCAUCCCCUCAGAUGAAUUCAAGUGUGAGGAGGCUCUGUUGGCCCAGGGGUCCAUAGACUCUCAGGACCCUACAGGACCCAAGAGCAGCAGCCGGCAGUCUCCACCUGUCCUUUACCACCUUUCUGUGACUGUCUGUGUCUCUGCUCUAGUAAAGUUUCUACUCUCAUAAAUGUGAACACACACACACACAUCCAUGCACAUAACCGCCCGACCACGCACACAUUCACAAACACACAGACACACACACUACACAUACACACACCGAGGAUACACGCGGUGAUUUCUCUCAUUUCCCUUGUAAAUGGCAAGACCCAGAGAAAGUCAUGUGACACACGCCCUUCGCUACAGGAAAAUGUCAACCAACAGACAUCCAAAACAUCAACAAGGGCCUUUUGUGGAGAGGGGAAAGUAUUUUGGAGGACGUUCAGCUCGGCCGUCUCUCUCCACCACACACACAGACAAUGAAGAAGAAGAAUGGGAGAAGAAGCAGCGCUGUGUACAUGCGAGAGCGGACGAGAAACUGAAAGACAGAGACUGAGAGACUCUGGGGAUUUUGGAUCAUAGUGACUUCAUUUUCAAUGCUCCGUGUCUGGAGGGUUUGUGUGCUUUUGUGCAGCCCUGCUCGGACUCAUUCCCUGACAGCUGGGCUAAAACACAGGGACUUUGGCUCCAGCACAAAGCCACACACAUACACACAGAAAACAACAUACACUCACACACACUGACACACACACACAUAGGCUCGACAAGUCUUAAAACCAUGAGAGAGAGAUGACACCACUGCAGAGACUGGGGCUUUCCAGGCUGGACAGAUGGGACAGAUCUUUCCACGGUGUUUGUCAGCUCAAUUUAUCACUCCCCUGGACCUCUGUUGUGGCAAGAAAUCUAUACUGCAUACAUACAAAAUACACAACAAACACUGGCACACACACACACACACACACAUACACAUACAUAUCAUCAUCCUCCCCUUAGAUCUCGUUAGCGGGUAAACAGGGUCCCCACACUGACACAAACACUCAUGCUGUACACCAGUGUGCUUUUGCGGGUCUUUAUCUUAAUUUUGUUGUCAACAUACCUGUAAAAACUUCAUUUAACGUGGAAUCUGAAAAAAAGUCCAUCCAAAUGAAAGAGUGUAUAUUUCUCAUUCUGUAAGUGUAUAGUUGUGCGGGUGUCGGAGUGUGUGUUCCUUUUAUGUGAGUGUGAUUGUUGAGGUGCGUGCAUGUGUGUUUCUGCUGAAUGUGCCUGUAUCUGUGUGUGAAUGCUCUAUGUUUUAAACCUCUGUGUGUGCGUGUGGGUCCUUUGGUGUGUACUAUACCUCUGGCCAGUCUGUGGGGUAUUUUUUAUGUUUCAUAGACGCUGCCAGGAUGUGGGACGUCUUGUGCUGUAAGGACGGUCACCAGGUCAGUGGCUCAAGUGGGUCAUCACCUCCUGCCCUCCAUAAGCUGAAAUAGAAAACGCAGAAGUCGAAGAGAGAUCAGUUUCUGUGACUACGGUGUGGCCUUACUUUACUGUUCUUUCUUACAGACUCGACAGAAGGGGAAUGAUUAUUACGGCCCUGCUAGCGAUGGGAAAAAGGAUUAAAACAUCAGUCAAUGAAUCAGCAGAACUUACUGUAAUCCAAUUUUCACUUUAUAUCAAAAUCUUCAAGCAGAUUUUACAGAGAUCUACUAAGCACAUUCAUUUUCUCCAGUGGCUCCAGUGACAUUUUUACGUAGGACACUUUUUUGUGCCACUGCAUGCCAAAAUGUGAACUUUGUACACACAGCUGACGUAAAAGUCUUUUUUUUUAUUAUUUUGUUUGACAUUUCUCAUGAGUAUUUACUCCCUCUAAAAGAUUUGGUUGAUUACACAAUCUGUGCAAAUUCACAUUCCGCAUUGGAUGAAUGUAUUACAGACUGUAAGUGCCACAAUAAGCAAAAUACAUUAAAGCAGUAAAUUUGAUCAGUCUUAUACAUACUUGACACAUGAUAAGCACACGUAUGUUCUCCAGAUGAUGGGCUCUUUCCUACAUUAGUCCAACUUCUUUCAUUCAGAAAAAGUCAAGGCUAAAAUAUUGAGAAUUUACACUAAACAGUAAAUUCUGCAUUUUUAUCAAACUUCAUGUGGAUCUUUAUGAUAUUUAUGACAAAUUUCCACUAUUUCACAAGAACCAUCACAGCGUAACUUGCAGAUUCACAUAAAAUUUACUGAGGAUAUGAUCAUUUUCCAGAUCAUCAACCUUUUCUUUGAACCAUUCGUCAAACAUCAUCUUUUGCCCAGAAGGUAUUUCACAAUCUACUAAUUAUAUUACCAAUCCCCUGACGGUAGUCUCAGUGAAUUACCCAUUUUAAGAUCCUCUUUAGCACUGGUUCACAACCUUGUUAAAUUAAAGUCAGUUUGUGGCACCUUGUCAUAGUCAGUAUGCCAAAGAUCAUUUAUUUCUACUCAUACUGAUUAUUAAGUAUUAUUAUGUCAAGUUCUCAACUCGAGGAAGUGGCUUAACGAUGCAUUUUGUGUAUUUUCCUUCUCUCUUUUUGUGUAAACACAUCUUAUUACCUGGCAAUCUCAAAAUCUACAAUCUUAAAACCCCUUGGUAUUAUAAUGAUCCUUUGGCGCCCUAGACAUGUGUAGGUUUGUAGUCGACUCAACUGAUGAUACAUGUCUAAAUCGAGCAAAACUAUGAGUGUUUCGUUCUUUCUGGUGAAGAUCUUUAUUCUUCUAUGCAGAAGAUGGAGGCUGCUAGCAGGGUUUCACACUUAAUGUUCUGUUCUGAUAAUCUGGAGGGAAGAGAGAAAUGAGUAAAUAAGUGGAGGGAAAAGGUGAGAGAGAAGUUGUAAAUUUGCUGAUAUAUUUGUAAAAUUUCAAAGCGCUACAGCAGUGUAACUGAAAUAUGUGUCUGGAGAUCUAAAUAAAAGUAACAUCUGUAAUGACA